GAGGAGGACCAACCCGGCCCCUCCGGACGGCCAGUGCUGCCCCCGGCCCCAUGGAGACGUUGUGCGGCGGCGGCCAGUUCGGCUCCCAGCUGUGGGACUGGAACCUCACGGUGUACUCGGACAGCCCAGACCUGACUCCCUGCUUCCAGAACACUGUGCUGGCCUGGCUGCCCUGUGUCUAUCUGUGGACUGCCCUACCCUGCUACCUGCUCUACUUAAAGCGCCAUCAGCAAGGCUACAUCGUCCUCUCCGUCCUCAGCAGGAUUAAGACGGGUGUCGGCGUCCUGCUCUGGUGUGUGUCGUGGCUUGACCUCUUCUACUCCUUCCAUGGCCUGGUCAAGGGCAUCCCUUUGCCUCCUGUCUACUUUGUCACCCCCCUGGUAGUGGGCAUCACCAUGCUUAUGGCCACAAUGCUGAUCCAGUACGAGCGGCUGCAGGGGGUGCGGUCAUCAGGCGUGCUCUUCGUCUUCUGGUUCCUGUGCGUACUCUGUGCCCUCAUCCCCUUCCGCUCCAAGAUCAUCGUCGCCACCGCCCAGGAUGGGGUCCGGGACCAGUUCCGCUUCACCACCUUCUACCUCUACUUCUUCCUGAUCCUCGUCGAGUUGGUCCUCAGUUGUUUCAGAGAGCAGCCGCCGCUGUUCUCCUCGGCCAAGCCUAGCCCCAACCCUUGCCCUGAGGCGAAUGCUGGCUUUCUUUCUCGGCUGACAUUUUGGUGGUUUACUCGCAUGGCCAUCCUUGGGUACCGGCGGCCCCUGGAGGAGAAGGACCUGUGGUCGCUCAACGAGGAUGACACAUCGCAAGUAGUAGUGCAGCGGCUGCUGCGGGAAUGGGAUCGGCAGAAAGUGGAAUGUGCCAGGAAGAAUAUGACAUUUGCAACCAAGGGGAACGGUGCGGCCGGAGGAGACCCCAAGGAGAGUGAAGUCCUGAUCGUGGGUCGGGGGAGAACCCAAGAGCCCUCCUUCCUCCGUGCCCUGCUGGCCACUUUUGGCCCCUACUUCCUCAUCAGCUCCUUCUACAAGCUGCUCCAGGACCUGCUCUCCUUUGUGAACCCCCAACUUCUCAGUGUCCUGAUUGAUUUCAUCAAGAGCCCUGAGGCCCCCGCCUGGCAGGGUUUCCUGAUCGCCGGGCUGAUGUUUGCCUGUGCCCUGCUGCAGACCAUCAUCCUCCAUCAGCACUUCCAGUUCUGCUUCGUGACUGGCAUGCGUCUUCGCACGGGCAUCACCGGCGUGAUCUACCGCAAGGCUCUCCUCAUCACCAACUCUGCCAAGCGCUCAUCCACUCUGGGCGAGAUGGUUAACCUGAUGUCUGUGGAUGUCCAACGCUUUGUGGACCUGGUCACCUUCCUGAACAUGCUGUGGUCAGCCCCCCUGCAGAUCACCCUGGCUCUCUUCUUCCUCUGGCAGUCUCUGGGUCCAGCAGUCCUGGCCGGGGUGGCCGUGAUGGUUUUGCUCAUCCCGCUCAACGCUGUCAUUGCUGUGAAGACUCGAGGCUUACAGGUGGAGCAGAUGCAGUACAAAGACUCCCGCAUCAAACUGAUGAAUGAGAUCCUGAACGGUAUCAAGGUGCUGAAGCUUUACGCCUGGGAGCCCAGCUUCACCCAGCAGAUUCUGGGCAUCCGCCAGAAGGAACUCCGCGUGCUCCGCAAGGCUGCCUGUCUCAGUGCCCUGUCCACCUUCGCCUGGAUGACUGCCCCCUUCCUGGUGGCGCUGACCACCUUCGCCGUCUACGUCUCCGUGGAUGAGACCAACGUGCUGGAUGCCGAGAAGGCCUUCGUGUCGUUGUCCCUGUUCAACAUCCUGAGGUUCCCGCUCAACAUGCUUCCUCAAGUGAUCAGCAACUUGACCCAGACCAGCGUCUCCCUGAAGAGGAUCCAGCAGUUCCUGAAUCACGAUGAGCUUGACCCCGACUGUGUGGACACAAAGACCAUAUCUCCAGGCUACGCCAUCACUGUGCACAACGGCACCUUCAGCUGGGCUCGGGAUCUCCCACCGACCUUGCACGACAUUGAACUCUGGGUGCCGGGGGGCUCCUUGGUGGCUGUGGUGGGGGCCGUUGGCUGUGGAAAGUCGUCCCUGAUCUCCGCCUUGCUUGGGGAGAUGGAGAAGCUGGAGGGGCAGUUGGCGGUGAAGGGCUCUGUGGCCUACGUCCCCCAGCAGGCCUGGAUUCAGCACGCCUCCCUGAAGGACAACAUCCUUUUCGGCCAGCCGUGGACCGAGCAGAAAUAUCAGCAUGUCCUGGAGGCCUGCGCCCUGACCACUGACCUGGCUAUGCUGCCCGCUGGCGACCGGACUGAGAUUGGGGAGAAGGGUAUAAAUCUGUCGGGAGGGCAGCGGCAGCGGGUCAGCCUGGCUCGGGCCGCGUACAGCAACGCUGACACAUACCUGCUGGACGACCCGUUGUCCGCCGUGGACUCGCAUGUGGCCAGACACAUCUUCGACCAAGUGAUCGGACCAGGCGGGCUGCUCGCCGGAAAGACCCGCCUGCUGGUGACCCACGGGGUCAGCUUCCUGCCCCAGGUGGACCACAUCAUCGUCCUGGUGGAUGGGCGGGUCUCAGAAUCCGGCUCCUACCAUGCCCUCCUGCAGCAGGACGGAGCCUUCGCCGAGUUUCUGCGCAGCCACGCCCCGAAUGACCCCGUGAAGGAGGAUGAAGUAUCAACCCUGGUGGGCGAGGAGGAGGUGCUGCUGGCCGAGGACACGCUCAGCGAUCACACGGACUUGGCGGAUAGCGAGCCGGUGACCAACGAAGUGCGCAAGCUGUUCCUCAGGCAGUUGAGUGUGAUCUCGGCUGAAGGCGACUGCCCCAGCAAGAUGUCUACCAGGAGGCGAUUGGGUGGUGAGAAGAAGGGGGUAGAGCUGCCUCCCCCACAGUCUGCCAGCCCUGCUGAGCGACUGAUCCAGGUGGAGACGGCAGAGACUGGCACGGUGAAGUUGGCGGUAUUCCUGCAGUAUGCCAGGGCCGUAGGGAUCUGGUUGUCCGCCUUGGUCUGCUUUCUCUACCUUGGCCAGAAUGCGGCGUCUAUCGGCGCCAACAUCUGGCUCAGUGACUGGACCGACGAGCCCGUGGUCAACGGGAGCCAGAGCAACACCCGCCUGCGGGUUGGCGUCUACGCGUCCCUGGGGCUGCUGCAGGGCUUGCUGGUGAUGAUGUCGUCGUUGACGCUGGCCCUGGGUGGGAUCCGGGCGGCCCGCACCCUGCACGCCCAGCUGCUGGCAAAUAAGAUGCGGACACCCCAGGCCUUCUAUGACACGACGCCCCUCGGCCGCAUCAUCAACCGCUUCUCCAAGGACGUCUACGUCAUCGACGAGGUGAUCCCGCCCACGGUGCUCAUGUUCCUCGGCACCUUCUUCUCCUCCGUCUCCACCGUGGUCAUCAUCAUGGCCAGCACGCCGCUCUUUGCUGUCGUCAUCGUGCCCCUCUCUAUCCUCUACUUCUUCGUUCAGAGGUUCUACGUGGCCACGUCGCGCCAGCUGAAGCGCCUGGAGUCCGUGAGCCGCUCGCCCAUCUACUCGCACUUCUCCGAGACCCUCACGGGCACCAGCAUCAUCCGUGCUUUCGGGCGGGGCCCCGUCUUCGUGGCCAUCAACGACGCCAAGGUGGACACCAACCAGCGCAGCUACUACCCAGGGAUCACUGCCAACAGGUGGUUGGGCAUCCGCGUGGAGUUUGUCGGGAACUGCGUGGUGCUCUUUGCCGCUCUCUUCGCCGUGAUUGGGAGGAAGAGUCUGAAUCCCGGGCUGGUGGGGCUGUCGGUGUCCUACGCCCUGCAGGUAACAAUGUCUCUGAACUGGAUGGUGAGGAUGACCUCUGACCUGGAAUCCAACAUUGUAGCAGUGGAGAGAAUUAAAGAGUAUUCAGAAACUGAGACUGAGGCCCCGUGGGUCAAUGAAAAGAGCCGCCCGCCGGCGGACUGGCCGCAGAAGGGCGAGGUGGAGUUUGUGAACUACUCCGUGCGCUACCGAAAGGGGCUGGAUCUGGUGCUGAAAGGCCUCAGCUUGCGGGUGAAAGGCGGCGAGAAGGUCGGGAUUGUGGGCCGCACCGGAGCCGGGAAGUCCUCCAUGACCCUCUGCCUCUUCAGGAUCCUCGAAGCGGCUGCCGGCGAGAUCCGGAUCGACGGGAUAAAAAUAUCGGACAUUGGCCUUCAUGACCUGCGCUCUGCCCUGACCAUCAUCCCUCAGGACCCCAUCCUCUUCUCGGGGUCCCUGAGGAUGAACGUGGACCCAUCGGGGCGGUACCCCGAGGCCGAAAUCUGGCAAGCUCUGGAGCUGUCGCACCUGAAGAAGUUCGUCAGCAGCCAGCCUGAAGGGUUGGAGUUCGAGUGCUCGGAGGGAGGAGAGAACCUCAGCGUGGGUCAGCGGCAGCUGGUCUGCCUGGCCAGAGCCCUGUUGCGCAAGAGCCGAAUCCUGAUCUUGGACGAGGCCACGGCCGCCAUCGACCUGGACACGGACGACCUCAUCCAGGGGACCAUCCGCACGCAGUUCGCCGAGUGCACGGUGCUGACCAUCGCUCACAGGCUCAACACCAUCAUGGACUACACCAGGGUCCUGGUCCUGGACGCGGGGCAGGUGGCGGAGUUCGAUACGCCGGCGGCGCUCCUCGCGGCCAAAGGCAUCUUCUACGGCAUGGCCAGGGACGCCGGGCUGGCCUGAGCCGGGGCCAGGGACGCCGGGCUGGCCUGAGCCGGGGCCAGGGACUCCGGACUGGCCGGCCCCUCCCGCGGAGAGGAUCCGCAGCCCGGAGCCGCGUCGCGCCGGGCCCGGCUGCCCCAGGAUCGUCAGCGAAGAGGAAAUUCCACGGCGGGACCGAAAGGAUCUUGGCCGUAAUUUUCCACGUUUCUGAGAUUUUUCUUUGCCCGAGGUAUUUUUAAUAAAUGUUUUUUCUUUCGAGGCAGAAAGUCGCCGUGCGAGCCACCCGGGGUGCUAGUGGGGAGCUCACGCUGCGGACGGGUCACUGCUGAAAUAAAGACUUUGAGAACUACA